GCUCCAAGUCCAGCGUUUGUAUAAAUACCAGUAACGAAAGGUCUUCUCUCUUCUCUCUUCUCACGCACUCACACAUCUCUGGAUACUGAGAUAUCAGAAACCAAUUCUGAUCCAGUUGGUUUCUGACUCGAAUGGCUGUCUCAAAGCUCUUCUUCGUAUUAUUUUUAGCCCUAAUUAUCACAAAACUUACAGCCGAAGCCUCAGAUUCAGAAACCAGCGACGACGACAUCGACGUCGUUUUCAAACCGGGGGUCCCAGAUUCCUCUCUCAACGCCGAACUUCACCAACUCAAGUCAAAAAUUUCAUUUCUAGAAUCCAACAUCUAUGAGAGAAUCCACGAAUUACAAAGCAAAGAUGAGAGCAUUAAAGAGCUGGAGCAGAUGAUUCAAGAGAGAUCAACUACAUUGACUUCACUGCAGAGUGAAAUACAAUCACUUCAGAAAAAAGGAUCUUUAGAUGCUAAUGAGCAGGUGGCAAAGUUUCAUGCACACGCUGGUGAACUGCAGAAGCAGGUUCGCAACCUUAAUCAAGAUAUAGAAACACAGGAGAAGAAAAAAGGCGAGUUAGAAGCCAAAGCUGUUUUAUCUGAGGAUAAAAUCAAGGAAUUGAAUUUAAACCUUGAAAGUCUCCAGAGGAUUAAUUAUGACCAGAAGGCCAGAAUUCGUAGAACUGAACGUGCUCUUCAAGUGGCGGAGGAAGAAUUGAUGAAAGCUAAAUUGGAGGCCAGUUAUACAGCUAAAGAACUAACAGGGGUUCAGGAAGCAUGGCUUCCAGCUUGGCUUGCAGUCCAUUUAGUUCAUUGUCAGUCCUUCAUAGUGACCCAAUGGAAUGUGCGUGGGAGACCAGCCUUGGAUGUGACGAUUGAAAUGGCAUUGAAAAAAAAAGCUCAAGUUGAGAGAUGGUUGGAGCCUCACGUUGAUACAUUCACAACAAAAUGGAUCCCAAUCAUCAAGGAACAAUGGUUUGCCUUUCUAACUAACAUUGGGCCAUGUGUGGAAUCUCUUACUGUUAAAACCAUCGACAUUUACCAUAAGUCCAAGAAAUCUCUCGGUUCUCAUUUUGUCAAAGUACAAAAUAUGAUGGAGCCACACAUUCAGGAAACCAAGAAGUUCACAAAGCCAUACAUUGAUCAAGUUUCAAUGUUGAUGAAACCCCAUGUUGAUAAAGCCCAUGUUGUCUUGAAGCCCUACACAAAGAAAGUACUUCGUACUUACAGAAAGUUCACGAAAACUUUCAUCAUGUACCAUCGUCAGGUCCAAGCUACAAUUCGUCAAACACUGAAAGAUCACGAGCUCACAAAACCUCUUGCAACUGAUCAGAUAGUCUGGUUAAUGGCAUAUCUUGUAAUGGCUCUGCCUUUAAUCUUUCUUUUUGAAAUGGCAUCAGGGACUUUCCGUAAAAAGCCAAAGAAGCAUGCUCGUACUUCUCACACCAGCCACACACGUCGUAGGACUAAACGGACACACCCUAAGGAGUGAAGUUCCAUGAAGAAGUUCAGUGCAUUUUAACACUUAAAAGCUUUGCUCAUCCCUGUUUGCAGUGCCUCUGCGCUCUCCCUGGUUUUUUUUCAUCUCAUCUGUUUAUAUAUUUAGUAUUUGCCUCGAGGAGAUCCCCAGUGCCUUGAACAUGUUGAAGGGAUUUGGAGAUAUUCAAUGGUUGGGGGAUCAAAUGAAACAUAUCUAAUGUCCAUUAGAGUAUCUUCUGUUGCAGAAAUGGCAUUCCUGUGGGCAGCAGGGACCAGGUCUUGGAACUUCAUUUUACCUCCGUGUGAUUUUAGCGCUCUGCAUCGGGCCCUUGUUAUAAAAGAUAAUCACAUAAUGGUUGUGGUUUGUGGAUCAAGCUGCCCGAUUUGCUCUUCCGAGAAAUAUUGGACGAAAGUCUUAACAUGUUUGUAUUCCUGACAUGAUUUGGACUAUGAAUGUCCAAGUAAAUUCCACUUAUCAAAUGUU